CCGGGCCCGCAGAGGAGCCGCCGCCGCCGCCGCCGCGCCCGCAGCGCCCCCGAAGCCGCCCCGUCCGUCCGUCCGUCCGUCGCGUCGCCGCAGAGCCGGGCUGCGCCGCCCCUCUUCCCGCUCUGUGUCGGUGCCGUCGCGGGCGCCGCAGUCGGUCCACGCUGGGGGCGGACGAGUCCGAGGCAGCCGCGUCGGGAGCCAUGAAGGUGCCGGGCGCCGUGCUCCGCGAGGGCGAGCUGGAGAAGCGCAGCGACAGCCUGUUCCAGCUCUGGAAGAAGAAGCUGGUGGUGCUGAGCACCGACCGCCUGAGCCUGUUCCCCGACGGCCCGGCGGCGGCGCGCAGGGGCGCGCGCCCCAAGGAGCUGAGCUUCCACUCCAUCCUCAAGGUGGACUGCGUGGAGCGCACGGCCAAGCACGUCUAUUUUACCAUAGUCACCAGGGACCGCAAGGAGAUCGACUUCCGCUGCCCCGACGAAAGCUGCUGGAACGCCUCCAUCACCAUGGCGCUCAUCGACUUCCAGAACCAGCGCGCCAUCGAGGAUUUCAGGAGCCGACAGGAACUGGAGCGGGAGCGGGAGCGGGAGCAAGCGGGGCCGCCUGAGCGCCGGCUGGCCCGCGCGCCCUGAGCCGCCGGCCUGUCCGACUGACCGAGAGACAGCAGAGCUUUGGGUUGGAACUUGAUGGGGACCUUGUGUCGCACCGAAAGCGCCCACGAAGGAAGAGGCUGAAGCUGAGAGCCAGAUCUCCCUGCGGGCGGGGAGCAAGCGGAGCCAGGCCCUCCCCCACAGGACUGGGGAGCUGGCCCCUGGAGCGGCCCCCCUACCCACCCGCCCCCGCGGCCCCCGGAGCCUGGCCCUCGGCCGCUUUAUUUAUAAUGACUCGGGAACACUGUGGCCGUUGGCUGGGGGGCCACGGCCCUUAACUUAUUGUAGGAUCUAGAUUUCUAUUUAUUUCAGUGGCUUCGAACAUUGUCUUAAUAUUUUUUCAUGACGCGUCCAUUCCAAAUAAACUCCUUGAAAUGCUGACUUUUUCUUA